ACAAUGCCUACAUCGCCAUGAAUUCCCUUACGUUUCUCAAGGUAUAUCUCGGUCUUCAUCUUUGUACUUUGGCGUUCGGGAAGGUGGUCGGAGGUUCGAAGAAUAUUCCAUCAGAGUGCAUGUCGUUGGGAGACAUGCUGUUGUUAGUGUUGUGGAGGGGCACAGAAUCUGAGACGAUCUGUCCAACGCCAAGUCAAGUCCAUUCUCUGGAGGUGAUACUUAAGCGCUCACCUGGAUGGUGGGUAGAAGUCCCACCAUUUUACGAAUAGUGCGCUAUCAUUUCAUGGUUGGCUGUGUUAUAGGACUGAUAACUCUUGCACGUCAUCUGUGAUACAUACACUCAACAUGAGACUGGACAAUUUAUCGAUAUUGUGGAUGAACAGAGGGAGUCACUGUAAGACUAUUUAUUGGUCCGCGCAAGA